CGCCGGGAGGAGGAGGAAGAGGUGGAGGAGGAGGAGGAGCCGGCGGGGCGGCCCGCGCUCCCUCCCCGCGCACACGCCCGGGCUCCUCAGUGGCCGCCCGAGGAGGAAGUUCCGCUCCUGACAGAGCCGCGCGGUAGCGACAGCGGCUACGCGGCGGCGGCCGGGAGGGCGCUGGGGCUCGGGACGCGGAUGCCCUUCGCGCCGGCCGGCCGGUGGGCAGCGUCGAGCUCUCCGCGGAGCUGGGGCCGCGUCGGGAGGCGCGGGCGUCCGAGACCCGCCGCCUCUCCGCCCGGCGAGGUGGGAGACCGCCCUCCCUGUUGGCCGACUUCCGAGGAGACCCUGAUUUUUCCACCGCCGACGGUGAGAGACUCCGGGACCGACGCGCCCGAGGAGGUGAAGGGCACCCUUUUCUAACUCCUCGGGUCCGGCCUGGCUGCCUUUGGGGGCGGGAGACCCCGUUGGAGCAUCGCCGGGCGCCGGCAUGGACGAACCCACCUUGCAUCCUUGCUGCGGCGUUGCCCGCCUGAUCCACCCCGAGGCAUGAGGAGGACGCUGGUGGGAACCCCGACGAGGUCCUGGGCACCCAUGGCCAAGGAGCGACCACAGGACGUCCGCUGGUGAAUUUGGGGGGGCCACGCAUGUUCCUGAAUGUUUCUGGGCAGGCGUGAAGAGGUGCCCUAUUGAAAAAGCACAGCGAUCCUUGACGAGGAGAGCAUUUUGAAUUUCCCCGUGUUUUUUUUUUUUUUUGGCCAAGAUUUUGAAGGUGGUUCCAUGUAUCGUGCACUCGACAUCAGAUGAGAACUUGAUGAGAUCUUUUGUCCAAGAGCGUGAACGAUGACCGCCCCGGCCCUGCUGCCCCUGUCUGGACGGAGGAUCCCGCCCCUGAACUUGGGGCCGCCUUCCUUCCCGCAUCACAGAGCUACCUUGAGACUUUCCGAGAAGUUCAUCCUCCUCCUCAUCCUAAGUGCCUUCAUCACCCUGUGUUUUGGGGCAUUCUUCUUCCUUCCGGACUCUUCCAAGCACAAACGCUUCGAUCUGGGUUUGGAGGAUGUGCUCAUUCCUCACGUAAAUGCCAACAAAGGGGCCAAAAACCCUGGAGUCUUCCUGAUUCACGGACCCGAUGAACCCAGACACAGGGAAGAAGAGGAACGUUUGAGGAAUAAAAUUCGAGCCGAUCAUGAGAAGGCCCUGGAAGAAGCAAAAGAAAAAUUAAAAAAGUCGAGAGAGGAAAUACGAGCAGAAAUUCAGACAGAGAAAAAUAAGGUAGUCCUAGAAAUGAAGAUGAAAGAGAAAAAGCCACUACCACCAGUCCCUAUACCAAACCUUUCAGGAAUAAAUGGUGGAGAUCCAGAAGAUAAUGACAUAAGAACGAAAAGGGAAAAAAUUAAAGAGAUGAUGAAACAUGCCUGGGAUAAUUAUAGGAUAUAUGGAUGGGGACAUAAUGAACUCAGACCUAUUGCAAAGAAAGGACACUCUACUAAUAUAUUUGGAAGUUCACAAAUGGGUGCUACCAUAGUAGAUGCUUUGGAUACCCUUUAUAUCAUGGGACUCCAUGAUGAAUUCCGAGAUGGGCAAAAAUGGAUUGAAGACAGUCUUGAUUUCAGUGUGAAUUCAGAGGUGUCUGUGUUUGAAGUCAACAUUCGAUUUAUUGGAGGCCUACUCGCAGCAUAUUACCUUUCAGGAGAGGAGAUAUUCAAGAUUAAAGCAGUCCAAUUGGCUGAGAAACUCCUUCCUGCCUUUAACACACCUACUGGGAUUCCCUGGGCAAUGGUGAAUCUGAAAAGUGGAGUCGGGCGGAACUGGGGCUGGGCAUCUGCGGGUAGCAGCAUUCUUGCUGAAUUUGGGACACUGCAUAUGGAGUUUGUCCACCUCAGCUACUUGACAGGGGAUCCGGUUUACUACAAAAAGGUCAUGCACAUUCGGAAGCUACUUCAGAAAAUGGAUCGUCCAAAUGGUCUUUAUCCAAAUUAUUUGAACCCAAGAACAGGUCGCUGGGGUCAAUAUCAUACAUCAGUUGGCGGGCUGGGAGACAGUUUUUAUGAAUACUUACUGAAAGCAUGGUUGAUGUCAGAUAAAACAGACCUUGAGGCAAGAAAUAUGUAUGAUGAUGCUAUUGAGGCUAUAGAAAAACAUCUUAUUAAGAAAUCCCGUGGAGGCCUUACUUUUAUUGGAGAAUGGAAGAAUGGGCACCUGGAGAAGAAGAUGGGGCAUUUGGCCUGCUUUGCUGGGGGAAUGUUUGCACUUGGAGCAGAUGGUUCCAGGAACAAAGCUGGUCAUUAUUUAGAGCUAGGGGCAGAAAUUGCACGUACAUGCCACGAGUCAUAUGAUAGAACUGCAUUAAAGCUAGGUCCUGAGUCCUUCAAGUUUGAUGGUGCAGUAGAGGCGGUGGCAGUCCGGCAGGCUGAGAAGUAUUACAUCCUCCGUCCAGAAGUCAUCGAAACCUACUGGUACCUGUGGCGAUUCACUCACGAUCCAAGAUACAGGCAGUGGGGCUGGGAAGCAGCUCUGGCUAUUGAGAAGUAUUGCCGAGUCAGCGGGGGGUUCUCUGGGGUGAAGGAUGUUUAUUCCUCGACUCCUGCCCAUGACGAUGUGCAGCAGAGCUUCUUUCUCGCUGAAACAUUAAAGUAUUUGUAUCUGCUGUUCUCCGGUGAUGACCUUUUACCUUUAGACCACUGGGUGUUCAAUACAGAGGCUCACCCUCUGCCCGUGUUGCAUUUAGCCAACACCACACUUUCAGGAAAUCCUGCUGUUCGAUGAAAGCAGCUCCAGAAAGACCAUUCUCACCUGUGUUUUGUUUACAUGGACCCUACAGAGGAGUCUGGAGAGGGGCUUCUGAAAACCCGAACCUCUACGUCAACAUGGCAGGGUGAAACAUGACUCGCUCCCCACAGACUUUCAACUUGUAGAUAUCUCAACUUUGAAAUAAUUCCGUUUUAUACCUGACCAAAACGUACUCCGGUGUGUGUAGGAUGGAGACCUGGUAUACGGAGACCUGGAUUCUUAACGAGACGGUCACAUGAGCAAUUAGGCCAGUUACUCUCCGAUACUGUUUUUCGAGUCCAGGAACCUGGAGGCUUGACUUCUAAGAAUAAGCCAGAGCGUGGAGCGUCUUCAGGAGUCCGAGAUGGCCUUGGCACCAGUUUCAUUUGUCUCCUCCCGAAGUGGAGCAGCUUUCAAAUCAAAUAUUUACACAUUGUUUAACCCCCUUUUCUCCAUUUUUAAUAAUGGAAUGAACUAAAACAAGAACCAAAAAACAGUGUAACUGGAUCAGCAGCAAGAAGACUCGGAAAAGAAACAGAAAUACCCCUGUCUGAAUUUUCAAGUUCCCCGUUGGAUGACCAGACUGGCAACCAUUUCAAGUCCCAAUCCAUUCCAUUGAAAUUUCUUGGUUAAAUUUAAUUUUCUCUGGGGUGUGAUCUUACAAAGAAUUAUUCCUCAAGUCUUUGUCUCCAUAUGGAGUCAUUGAAGCUGUUUGUCAUGACCACUAUUUGUGAGCCUGGGUUGGGGAUUUGGUGCAUGUCGUUCAGUCUAGUGUUGGUAGCAUGACAAAAAGUGGAGGAAAUGCCAGUUUGUUGCCUUGAAACCUGUUCCAAGAGAAAGCGUUGGUUUUUUUGGUAGGAGGCUAUUUUUCCAAACCAGCAAAUCUACCAAGUACAUUUUAACCUCAUUAUAAACUUAGUAGAAUCCCUCAACUUACAACUAUAUUUAUGUGGCUGGGAAAAAUUCAUUAUACUGUUAUGGAGCUCUGAAUUUCCUUGGUGAGCUAAAUUACUUUCACAGCUUAUUAAAUCAAGAACAAAAUACAUACAGUAAAAUGUCCUUACGUAGUCUAUCUGAAAUGGGGACACGGGAUCCUUUAUUAUCUCAUCAGAUGACUAAGCUUUUCAAAAAUAUUCUUAUGUAAAAAUAAACUUAACUUUUAUUUUCUCCAAGGAUAUUUAAAGGAAUCCAAAGAGUUAACCAAAAUAGCUGCAAAAUAAAUUUUAGUAAUAAAAGUAAGAUGUAAUUAAUCAUAUUACACUGAAUUUGGGAUAGAGCUAAAGGAUUUUCUCAUGCCAUCAAUAGAUUUUGCAAAGAUAAUUCUUUUUAAAUAAAUUAAUUAUUUCUUUAUAUUUGGGGGAAGAACUUAAAUUUUAUCAAGAACUAUAUUGUAAGAUAAAUGUCUAAUGCUUAUACAUUUUCUGUCCCUUGAAUUUAUGUCAUAGUGCAGGACACUUUUUCUUCUUUAUAUUUAAUACAAACAGCUCCCAUUGAUAAUAAAAGUUGGGAGUAGUAUAAUUAGUCUAAUAUCUAGUCUGAAUUUGCAGAUUUCAUGAAAUAAUGUGCAAGAAGCCCACCUUGGAAUUCUGAAGGCCUAUUCCCUUAUUUUGAUACUUCUUUUUAACCUUUCAUGGGCAUGUAGAUUUAAAUUGGGAAAAAAUUUACAAAUUCAUAUAAAUAUUUUCUAAGGGUGAUCAUCUUAUCCCACAAAUAGUCAGUCUUCACAUUUCAGCAAAUGAUCAAUAAUGAUAACCACUCCCAAGUUUUUCAGUAUACAUAGAAAAUAAGGAUGUGGAGCCAGAUAUAUUAUUUAAGUCUUUAAGAGAGUUUGGUUUUAGCUCAUAUUUUGAAAUUGUAAUAUCUUUUACUACUUGAAAAUUAAGAUUUUAAAUGAGAAGGAUAGAUGACUGUUACUUCAGAAGAGAAAAGGAAAGAAAGUAUUUGGUUCUAAAAAAUAAAAAACUUGAGUUGACAACGACCCAGAAUGGCUGUGUAGAUGGCAAGGAACCCUUCCUUGCUUAGUUCAGAAGAAUUCAGAGUUAGGGGCCCUUCUGGGUUCCCCAGGAAGCUCUCAAGGAAUCAGACACAACGCUCACUCCCGAAGUGCUCUGUUGUAUUUCUCAAACGACUGAGCGUAAAGGAAGGCAAAGAAGUGUACAAGCAAAGAGUCUGAGAGGGACAGUGGGAGGGUCUUCACCACGCCCCUGCCCUCCUUGUGAGCUUAUGGUAAUGCGUCCAGUUUUUCCUUCUGGAUACCAAAGGCGAUUAAAUUAAAGUCAGCUGCAAAUGA